AUGCAUAACCCCACCUCUCUCUUGGUGACGCUGACAGCAGCCCUUGCGGCUCUGCCCGAGGCUCAAGCUGCCAUCUAUACCAAGAACUCUCCCGUUCUGCAGGUGAACGCCCGCAACUACGACAAGCUCAUUGCAAAGUCAAACUACACCUCGAUCGUCGAGUUCUACGCUCCUUGGUGUGGCCACUGCCAGAACCUCAAGCCCGCCUACGAAAAGGCUGCCAAGAACCUGGAUGGUCUUGCCCAGGUUGCUGCCAUUGACUGUGAUGAAGAGGUCAACAAGCAGUUUUGUGGCUCCAUGGGUGUUCAGGGCUUCCCUACACUCAAGAUCGUCCGUCCUGGUAAGAAGUCCGGCAAGCCCGUUGUUGAGGACUACCAGGGCCAGCGAAAUGCCGGUGCUAUCCAGGAGGCUGUCAUGAGCAAGAUCAACAACCACGUCAAAAGGGUGAGCGACAAGGACCUGGACUCCUUCCUCAAGGGUGAUAAGCCCAAGGCUAUUCUCUUCACUCAGAAGGGUACCACCAGUGCCCUGCUACGAAGCAUCGCCAUUGACUUCCUUGAUGUCAUCUCUAUUGCUCAGAUUCGUGAUAAGGAUACGGCUGCUGUUAAGAAGUUUGCUGUUGAGAAGUUUCCCGCUCUUGUCCUCAUCCCCGGCGAAGGCAAUGAUCCCAUUGUCUACGAUGGCGAGCUGGUCAAGAAGGAUAUGAUCAAGUUCCUCACUCAGGCCGGACAGCCCAACCCUGUUCACGCUUCUGGCAGCACUAAGAGCACCAAGGCUAAGAAGGACAACACCAAGAGCGCCAAGAAGAACAAGUCUACUGAAGCUCCCAAGGAGGAGUCUACCGCUGAGUCAAAGGCUUCAACUGCCGAGUCUGCGACCCCCUCUAUCAUCCCCGUCACUAUUGUCACUAGCACGGAGCAGCUCACUGAGCAGUGCCUUGCCCCCAAGUCUCACACCUGUGUCAUUGUCUUCACUCCGGGUGAGGCUGGUGAGAAGGCUGUUGAGUCGCUCUCUCAUCUCAACACCAAGUACGUCCACGGUGGUCGAAACACUUUCCCCUUCAUCGCUAUCCCCAGCGAUAGCGACGCCGCUGCUACCCUGCCUAAGGCGCUUGGACUUAAGAACGAGGUCAACCUAAUCGCCAUCAACACCCGCCGAAACUGGUGGCGCCAGUACGAAGGUGACUUCAGCCUUUCCAGCGUUGAGAGCUGGAUUGACGCUAUCCGUAUGGGCGAGGGUGCCAAGCAGAAGAUCCCUGAGGGUGUAGUCGUCGAUAAGACCGAGUCUACCAAGGAAGAGCCCACUCAGGCUACCGACCCCGAGCCUGAGGUUGAGACUGAUGGCCCUGAGGUGGUUAAGACUAUCAUCGAGACCGAAACUGAGAUCGAGUACGAGACCCGCACCGACCCCGACGGCUCUGAGGAGACCAAGACCAUCAUUGAGACUGAGAUUGAGUACGAGACUCAGACUGAAACCGAGGUCGAGACCCACGAGACUGCUCAGCCUGAAGCUCAGCCUGUAGCCGAGUCAGAGGCUGAGCCCAAGACCAAGGAGGAGAUCAAGCACGAGGAGCUGUAA